CAGGUCGACUUUGAAUGCGAUAGUGCUUCGUAGAAAAACAACGUCUCAGAUCAUCACAGCAAGCAAAGAGAUGCAUCUUGCAGGUAUAUUAUUGCUUUUUUGCGCAAUUGUCACAAUUGCAUAUGCYAAGCCAAAGAAGGAGAAGAAAGAGGAAAAAGCAAAAUGGAGCUACAAAGACACCGCAAAGGAAUACAGCUAUUCCACACAAAAGAAUGAAGAGGUUUUAGGGCCAAAAGAUUGGGGAAAAGCAUUUGAAAAAUGCGGCAAAGGCAAAGCACAAUCUCCGAUCGACAUUGUAUCCAAAAAAGCGAAAAAGACUAAGUUUGGACCACUGAAGCUAAAAUUCGAAGACAAAAACAAAGAUGGAUUCUUCAGGGGAAGUUUAGUGAACGAUGGUCAUGCCCCCGUWUUCACAAUGGAUAAAAAAGAAGGAAAUAUAACUAUUAAAUUCGAUAAGAAGGAAUAUAUUCUGGAAAAGUUUCUCACACACUUUGGAUGUAAAGACAAGAAAGGUUCUGAGCAUACUAUCGACGAAAAGGCAUUUGAAGGAGAGAUGCAGUUCGUGUUUUACAACAAGAAAGAAAAACCUGAAAAAGCGGAAAAAAAGAAGGAUGGUGUCUUGGCGAUAUCAGUCUUUCUUGAAAAAUCRAAGGACUACUAUUACUWCUACAACAAAAAGGAAGGUCCUGAUGGUCUUUUGACGGCCCCMCUAACAGUCAUAUCGAGUGGUUAUGUUAGAGUAGGUAUGCCAGUAGUUACUACUGAACUACCUCUAAAGAAGCUGAUCCCAUCCUUGGUGUAUAAAAAGAAAAAAGACGCACCUGAGUACUACACGUACAAGGGAUCUCUUACACAGCCAGGCUGUCAUGAGAAUGUUCGCUGGGUCAUUCUGAAAGAACCAGUAGAAAUCAGCUGGUAUUUGUUGAACAUGUUCCGAAGUUUGAAGACAAAAGAUGGUUAUGACUUCUUUGGCUUCUACAAAGAAUGUGACAACUUUAGACCAACUCAAAAGCUCAAAAAACGUAAAGUUGAGGUAUUUAAACAGAAAAAGAAGGAGAAGAAGGACAAGAAGGAGAAGAAGAAGAACGAAGACGAAGAGAGCGAGAGCCAGGAUGAAGAGAUAAACGAAUCAGGGAGUGGAAAUGUUGAUAGUGAUGAAGAAGGCAACAUUUAUUCACAGCAUUGCUCAGCCUUGAAACCAGUGGAUCGUGGCGGCGGGCGCAGCUCACUCGAAAAACAACGUCGAACCAAGUACAAGGUGCAUAAGCUUUGGAAUAUGUUGUUUAUAGCAGUGUUUCUYACAGCUCUCGUCAGUGCAGCAACUGCAUCAGGCAACUGGGGAUACGGAAAAACUCAAGGAGAUGUGUACGGUCCAGCGGACUGGGGUCACGUGUCCAAAGAUUGUAACGGUCGUUUCCAGACUCCAGUGGACAUUAACACAAGAUUAGUGCGCGAGUCGGACGAUCAUCCGUUACGUGUGCGGUCCGAUUGGGCAAGUGGUUACUCCAGAGGAAACCUGAAGAACAACGGCCAUUCUCCAACCUUCACUAUUGUAAAGGGAGGAGCAUCCCUAAGGAAUCCCAUCAAUGGACAGAUCUAUCGACUCGCCCAGUUCCAUCUUCAUUUUGGUUGCGACGACAGUGUUGGCUCUGAACACACCGUAAAUGGCAAAUAUUACCCUGGAGAGCUGCAUCUUGUAUUCUUCAAUACCAAAUAUGGCACCAUCGGCAAUGCUGCUGCAAAACCUGAUGGUUUGACAGUCAUUGGAGCAUUUCUAAGAAAGGGCCGAGGAAACUUUGCAAUGAAAAAGCUUGCAUAUAAAAUUGGGCAAAUCUCAAAUGAAGGUGCCGAAGCAAAGCAUUUCGGGGUUUAUUUGGGUUACCUCGUCCCUGGCUUGUCUACUGGGUCACGUGAUUACUACUCAUACAAGGGAUCCCUCACUACCCCUGGUUGCUACGAAUCUGUCAGCUGGUUGGUUCUUAGACAUCCUAUUUUGGCAGAUGAUCAUAUGUUCACGAAUCUCAGAAAACUCAAAGCCAAACACGGAAAGAACCCGGGAAAGAUGUGCGACAACUACCGUCCUAUCCAACCUUUGAAUGGACGUCCAAUAACGCUAUAUAUGGAUGACUAG